CAGGAUUCAUUGACGCCGCCGAACGGAGAGCGUAGGACAGCGCUCUGGUUGAAAAUAACUUGUCUUCGCUGUGCAGUAGGUGGACACACGACAGGAAAAUACUUUUUUAGGAGCUUCUCUGAGUGAUGUUGCCAUUGUCUACUCUUCGCUGAUGUGCAGAAGUUUAUACCACGAAUAUAAACUAACUGCAACAAAUGGUUGGAAUACAAGACUAUAACUGUCGUCUGGAAUUCGGAGUGAUUUUUACCUGUACAGGAAACCAAAAAUGUUAAAAAUUCCGCACAUUUUUCUUGGAACAUUAACCCAUCUGCGUAAAAUAGAAUGCCUUCUGCAACGCGACAGCAGUCAGGAAAAACUCUUUAACAACUCUUUAUUUUUAUGUUCCUGAACAUUUUAAUCCAGAUAAACGGUGACUGUAAAUAAUAUUCUCAUCGCUUUAUUUUAAAACACUACCGAUACUACCAUGAAUUAACAAACUCAAAAUGCACUCAUAUGUGACAUACAAGUAGUUGCGAUCUAAGUGGAUGUAGUGCGUUGCCCGGGGAAGAUCGGUUGCCUGCCCUUCUCAGUAGCCUAGCCGCGGCCAAGUUAUGUCUUCGAGGGGAAACAGAAAGCUGGGAACAUAAGGAUUCUGCCUUGUUCGGGGGGACGGGCGAUGAUGCAGAAAAAACGGUGACUAAAUCGAAUCUGCGCACCACAAAUCCGUCCUAGCCAGAAGAGGAGGAAAAGCGGAAAUCACAAUAGGGAAAAUACCGACGUUUUUCGGAAGAACAAAUCUCAUUUUAUGGGCUAAGCAAAAUCACCCAGCAUUAUGGACGAGAACGCGUGCGUUAGUAGUUCCUUUCUUAAUUAAGUUUGAUUUCUCUAUAAGACGUUACUGAUAGUGACCCAAGGAGAUUGAGCAAGCACGCGGAGUCGCUUUCUGGAAGCUCUGUACUGUGCAAGGGUAUUUUUAAUGAACGGGUGCACUACGAGGAGAAAAAACAAUCCCAGCUGUAGGAGACAAGUUGCUUAGAACGGACACUUCGUCUGUUGGUCUACCACAUACAAUGCACUGACAGGUUUUCAAAAGGCGUUUUCUUUUACAACUAAAGUUUAAUCCAAGAUCCGUCGGUUGGCAAAUGCCUGUAAUGUGUUAGUUCUCACAGCUUGGAUACCUGGAUGAUAAUGAUUGUGUUUUUGGAAAAAACGAUGGGAACUUAAGCAUACAUUCUUAUGAUCCCCUUUCUUCAUUAGAAACGUCUCUGUUGGUGUGUAGGACGCCCAGCCUUUGUCGUCGGUUUCUACUCUUCACAUUUCUGUUUGUUUUUUAACCUAAUGGAAGUUUUUGACAGAGCGGAAAGAAACAUGUUGCGUCUCUGCACGCUGCAAUUUAUCGUUGCUGUGCUUUGGAGAGUGGAGUGUCGAAGCAUCCUAGAGGGACUGCAGAGGUUUUCGACCACCCCCACAUACCUCCCUGUGACCUAUCAGGUGCUCAAUGCUGAGUCCUUCUUCUUCCUGAAGGAGGCCAAUCAGGACAUCAUGAGGAACUCAAGCUUGCAGUCACGCACCGAGCCAUUCUUCAUAUACCAAGCCCGGAAGAUGCCUUCGGUGAAUGCCAGCUACGGGCCCCUUUCGGUGGAGCAGCCGGUGAACCUGGAGCUCCUGCAGAGCCCAAAUGCUUUUGUGGCCUCCUCCAUGUUCACCUUCAACUGGAAGGUGCAGACCUUCAUAAUCAGUGACAAGAUCUACCUGAGCAAGCCCAAGGUGCAGGUGCUCUUCUACGUGGCUGGCCGAGACUGGGAUGACUACAGCACCAUCGCGAAGCUUCCCUGCGUCAAAAUGUUCGCCUUCCACGAGACCCAGGAGGUGCGGGGCAUCUGCCGCCUAAAGGGGGAGCUGGGGCUGUGCGUGGCCGAGCUGGAGCCCCUGGCCGGCUGGUUCAGCCCCCCCAGCGUUGUCCCCGGGCGGCAGAGGACCCCCGAGCUGCCCGAGGGGACCCCUGUGGAGCUGUACUACAUGCUGCAGUCCUCCGAGAGCGGGGACUGCAGCGCGGACGACUCCCGGAAAGGCAACUCCAUCCGCUCGGACCAGGAAGGGCUUUUCGGCUCCUCUACUUCCUCUCCCAUGAAGAGAAUAGGGAGCGUGCGGCUGUACCAGAGCUCUGCCAACGUACCUCUGAAAGAGCAAAGGCUGGAUAGUAACUUCAUGGUGUUGCUGCCCUCUAGACCCAUCAGACAAAGGGAUACUGUCACUGCCUACCUCACUACAUCCACUUUCUCCACGGUGGAAAUGUUCACCCUCAGGGUGAAGUUAAAAGAAGGCGUGGCCUUUCUGGGUGCGAGGCCCAGCAACCCGGCCCUGUGGAUCGUCAGCCAGGACGCCCGGAGCGAGGGCCACAGAGUGGUCACCCUGCACUGCCGCAGAAAGGAGUCCAGCUAUGGCCAGAGGGCGGAGGGCGGAUUUCAGAGGAUCCUGCAGGUGGACCUGGAGGUGGACAGCUUCCUGGGUCCCCUGGGCAGCCGGUCCAUAAGCUGGCAGGUGGAGUACCCGGGCACCCGCGUCCUCACCGAGGAGGCCGAGACCGAGAUCCACCUGGCGCAGAAGGAUCUGGGGGGCAUAGUCCCGCUGGCGAUGGACACGGAGAUCCUCAACACAGCAGUGCUGACCGGAAAGACUGUAGCCGUGCCAGUGAAGGUGGUUACCGUGGGGGCAGAUGGCACGGUGACCGAUGUGUCCGAGUCUGUGGAAUGCCACUCGGCCGAUGAAGACGUGGUCAAGGUGUCGGACAGGUGCGACUACGUCUUCGUGAACGGGAAGGAGAUGAGGGGCAAGGUCAAGAUAGCGGUGAACUUCACCUACAGCUACCUGAGCGCCCAGCUGGAGAUGACCGUGUGGAUCCCCCGCCUCCCCCUGCAGAUCGAGGUGUCCGACUCCGAGCUCAGCCAGAUCAAGGGCUGGAGGGUGCCCAUCGUGGCCAGCAAUCAAAGGUCUGCACGGGACAGUGAGGAUGACGACGAUGAAGACAGACGAGGGCGGGGCUGCACGUUGCAGUACCAGAACGCCAUGGUCCGCGUUCUCACGCACUUCGUGGCCGAGCCCACCGAUCCUCGUGGUCAGCUGACCUUCAUGCUUGGCAGCGAUUGGCAGGUGGACAUCACUGACGUGGUGUGGGACUUCUUGAAGGUGGAGAAUCCGCAGAUUGCCCAGCUGCAGGACAGCAGGGUGCUGGUGGGGCUGGACGUGGGCAUGACCACCAUCCAGGUGAUGUCCCCCCUAUCAGACUCCAUCCUGGCUGAGAAGACAGUGACGGUGCUGGAUGACAAAGUGACCAUCACAGAGCUGGGUGUGCAGCUGGUCUCUGGCCUCUCCCUCUCCCUGCAGCUCAGCCCAGGAAGUAACAGGGCCAUCGUUGCCACGGCUAUCACGCAGGAAGUGCUGCAAAGCCCUAAACAGGAGGCUUUAAUUAGUGCCUGGCUUCAGUUCAGCGAUGGCUCCAUGGCCCCUCUGGAUCUCUACAGCCCAGACUACUUCGUAUUGACAGCCACCUCCCUGGAUGAGGAGGUGGUGACCGUGCGCCAGGAUCCUGCGUGGAAGUGGCCGGUCAUUGUGACCGAGGCGGAAGGCCAGGGCCUGCUGGUCAGGGUGGAGAUGACCGUUUGCGAGCCCUGCCAGAAGUCCAAGCGCCGGAGCGUGCUGGCCGCCGGCAACGGCAACAUCCGGGUCAAGUUCGGCCAAAGCGACGGCUCCUCCAGGGCCAGUGACUACGGGCCCGAGGGCGAGGAGCUGGAGAACCACGCCAGUGACCGCCGGCAGCGACCGCACCUGCAGGACCGAACGGGGCUGGACAACCAUUACUACGGCAGCUCCAUCUCGGACAUGGAGGACGGCGUCAUGCGGCGGAUCACCACCACCACCAAGACGGCCAUUGUCAGGAGGCCCAACGGGGACAAGCUCUCGGAUGACGGCGGCCAGAUCCAGAGCAUCCCCAUUGACUUCUCGGACUUUCCGGCGCAGGUGGACCUCCCACGCGGCCGCAACAUGGAGGACGACCUGGUGCAGACGCCCCGCGGGCUGACGGACCUGGAGAUCGGCAUGUACGCCCUGCUGGGCGUCUUCUGCCUGGCCAUCCUGGUCUUCCUCAUCAACUGCAUCUCCUACGCCCUCAAGUACCGCCACAAGGAGCUGUCACUGGAGGGGCAGGAGGCCAUGAACCACGCCCACGACUGGGUGUGGCUGGGAAAUGAGGCGGAGCUUCUGGAGAGCCAUGGCAGCCUCUCUCCGCAGCAGGAUGAGCACACGACCAUGAUGGACUCGAGCGCGGGCUUCGAGGAGGGCAGCCACUUGCUCAACGGGGGCCAGAAGAACGUCCAGGGCCAGGUUCACCGGUCAGCUGACUCCAGCUGUCCAGGCAAGGACCACAAAGGCGAUUCCCCUACCACAAAGAGGAAGCGUGUCAAGUUCACCACGUUCACCACCAUCCCUCCGGACAAUGGCUGCCCGUCCAUCAACCCCAACAUUCUGGGGCACAGUGAAGACAUUAAAUGGGUUUGCCAGGACAUUGAACUUGGGGAUUCCAAAGAGCUUCGGAACUACAUGGAGAGAUUAAAUGACAAUGCUUUAAAGGAUGUUGCGUAGUGCAUUUGGUGGACCAAUGGAUAAGUCACCCUUAUGCCUUUCAGAGUGAGGAGAUGGACCUGAGCGGUUAUGCGAAACCUGAAGCAAAUGGUACCUCAUCAUGACAACAAGAUGGAACUUUCAGUGUGACUUGUUGCCAUGGGAACUGCCAAAGGGCCAUUCAUCCUGACUUAAGAAAAAAAGGAAAAAGGAAAUAAAUCACAAUGAAACCACCAUGGGAAAACACAAACCUGAAUAUAGGAAAUGUGAAAUGAUCUAGAACAUUUGGUUUUGUUGUUUAAUUUGUUUAUUAAUAUGUUGUUUUCUUCUAAUCCUCAUUACAGAUGUGUUUUUAAAUUCCAAUCACAGUUUUUUUAUAUAUACGUAUAUGUAUGGAUUUAAUUUUUGGUCCUUGUGUAGUUUAAAUCAGAUCUCCACAUUCCCCUGUUCUGCAUACGCACACGGUAUGUGAAACAAUAUGCAGAUGAUGACUUGUAGAUUUGAGAAUGUAAUAUUGCUAAAUAUUCAAGUUGUAAAUAAAGUGCGCAUAGAACCGUUUAUCAACGUUUUGACAAAUUUUUGUAAUGUUUUCAAGAUUGUUUUUCUACUCCACUGAUCGUCAUAUUUAGCUUUUCAGUAUUGUUUUUGUUUCCAUCAUACAUGACAUCAUACAUGCUUGUGUCUUAUUCAAAGGUAUACCAGUCAUAAGAGCCCCUUUUUAACUGAUUGAAGGCACCAAUAAAAAGCUCUGUACAUA